UGAGUGUGCAUGGCUGCUGCUUGGUUCAUUUGAGGGUAUGGGCUGACCUCCAGGCCCCAGGACUGCCACUGAGCCUUGGCAACAGGUGGUGCUGAUAAUCUGUACUGUCUGUGGGUCUAGGCAUGAGGCUGGGUCCCAGCUGUGUGUGUGUGGUCUGGGGACCAGGCUGCUAAGCACCGGGUGGCUCUGAGAAAGGGGGUGGGCUGAGCCCCAUGUCCUGCUGAUGCUAGUUAGAUGCCAAACAGAAGCUCCUGGGCAUGAUGGGCCUCACACGACUGUGCCAGGACAGGUCGUAAGGGAGGUGACAGUCGGGGCAGGUGUGUGUGCAGGAUAGUGUAAGUGUGCGUGUCCAUGCACCCAUGCUGGUGAGUAGAAGUCUGCAGAGCCUGGGUCCUGUGUCUCUGCACCCCCGGGCUAAGAAAGACUGUCGGGGUCUAUUGUGCAAGUGCCUGGAACACAGCAAGCUCUCCAUCAGUUUGGGGAGUGAGUAGCCUGCUUCGUGGCCUAGGAUGGUUUCAUAGGCCUGGCCCAUUUCACAGCUGCUUGGCCUGGCUGUCUGUCUGUCUCUCAUGCCUGCUGUGCUCUGCUGUUCACCCUAGCUUGCUUUGGUGUCCAGUCCUGGGCACUGAGCCUUCAGAGAGCCCACAGAGAUGCCCAGUCCUGUGAAGGAAGCAUUUUGGUGUGUGUGUGGUGGGGGAGUUACCAAUCCAAUCUGAGUAAUUUCUUCUCUGUAGUCUCAAUAAAGGGGUUUUGCAUUUCUGGGCAGAAAAGAUGCCCCAAUUCCGCUAACAGGCCCAGAUGCAUGGCCCAAAGCAGGUGCCCAGGGGCUGUUUGCUGAAUGACUGAGUGCCUGGCUAUAGAUCUUGAUUCAUGGUCAUGAGACACGGGCAGCAAAGGCCAUGAUCACUGCUGUCUGGUUCCAGCCACAUCAGCACCUGUCCCUGCUGCGUGGAGCUUGUGACCCCGUUUCCCUCCAGAGUGAGGCGGAAGUGUCCCUGGAGAGAUGGCAGAGCAGCACAGCACACCUGAGCAGGCUGCAGCCGGCAAAAGCCAUGGAGGCCUUGGGGGCAGCUACAAGGUGACUGUGUAUGAGUUAGAGAACUUCCAGGGCAAGCGAUGUGAGCUCUCGGCUGAGUGUCCCAACCUCACCGACAGCCUGCUGGAGAAGGUGGGCUCCAUCCAAGUGGAGUCUGGACCAUGGGUGGCAUUCGAGCGCAGGGCCUUCCGUGGGGAGCAGUUUGUCUUGGAGAAGGGGGACUACCCUCGCUGGGAUGCCUGGUCCAGCAGCCGACGUAAUGACAUUCUCCUGUCUCUUCGACCUUUGCACAUCGAUGGCCCAGACCACAAGCUUCACCUGUUUGAGAACCCAGCCUUCAGUGGGCGCAAGAUGGAGAUCGUGGAUGAUGAUGUGCCCAGCCUGUGGGCCCAUGGCUUCCAGGACCGUGUGGCCAGCAUCCGAGUCAUCAACGGAACGUGGGUCGGCUACGAGUUUCCUGGCUACCGCGGGCGCCAGUACGUGUUCGAGCGGGGCGAGUUCCGCCACUGGAAUGAAUGGGACGCCAACCAGCCACAGCUGCAGUCGGUGCGCCGCAUCCGAGACCAGAAGUGGCACAAGCGCGGCUGCUUCCUGAGCAGCUGAGGACUCAGACCCCUGGGCCCACGGCCUGUGUCCCCUCCCCAACCUGCCCAAUAAAGCCCACCAGCCAUGCUC